GCGGCGGCUGAAGAGCCCGGAGGCGGCUCUAGCACCUGAUCUGUCCGCCCUUCGCCGCCCGGUCUCGGCUGUUCUCGGCUCGGCAAGGCUCGGCUCCUCCUCAGUCCUCCCGAUCCCUUGCAGCUCGGCCUCGGCCGCCCGCCUCCGCCGCCGAAAUGAUGAUGAUGGCGCUGAGCAAGACCUUCGGGCAGAAGCCCGUCAAGUUCCAGCUAGAAGACGACGGAGAAUUCUACAUGAUCGGCUCUGAGGUGGGAAACUACCUCCGUAUGUUCCGAGGUUCUCUGUACAAGAGAUACCCCUCACUCUGGAGGCGACUAGCCACUGUGGAAGAGAGGAAGAAAAUAGUUGCAUCGUCACAUGGUAAAAAAACAAAACCUAACACUAAGGAUCAUGGAUACACAACCCUGGCCACCAGCGUGACGCUGUUAAAAGCUUCAGAGGUGGAAGAGAUUCUGGACGGCAAUGAUGAGAAGUACAAGGCCGUCUCCAUCAGCACGGAACCCCCCACCUACCUCAGGGAACAGAAAGCCAAGAGGAACAGCCAAUGGGUGCCCACCCUGCCCAAUAGCUCCCACCAUCUGGAUGCUGUGCCCUGCUCCACGACCAUCAACAGGAACCGCAUGGGCCGGGACAAGAAGAGAACCUUCCCUCUGUGCUUUGAUGACCACGACCCAGCUGUGAUCCAUGAGAAUGCCUCCCAGCCUGAAGUGCUGGUCCCUAUCCGGCUGGACAUGGAGAUCGACGGGCAGAAGCUGCGAGAUGCCUUUACUUGGAACAUGAAUGAGAAGCUGAUGACUCCUGAGAUGUUUUCAGAAAUCCUCUGUGAUGACCUGGAUUUGAACCCUCUGACAUUUGUGCCAGCCAUCGCCUCUGCCAUCAGGCAGCAGAUAGAGUCCUACCCCACAGACAGCAUCUUGGAGGACCAGUCUGACCAGCGUGUCAUCAUCAAGCUGAAUAUCCACGUGGGAAACAUUUCGCUGGUGGACCAGUUUGAGUGGGACAUGUCAGAGAAGGAGAACUCACCAGAGAAAUUUGCCCUGAAGCUGUGCUCAGAGCUGGGGCUGGGCGGGGAGUUUGUCACCACCAUCGCGUACAGCAUUCGGGGACAGCUGAGCUGGCAUCAGAAGACCUAUGCCUUCAGUGAGAACCCCCUACCCACGGUGGAGAUUGCCAUCCGGAACACAGGCGAUGCUGACCAAUGGUGCCCACUGCUGGAGACUCUGACAGACGCUGAGAUGGAAAAGAAGAUCCGAGACCAGGACAGGAACACAAGGCGUAUGAGGCGUCUUGCCAACACUGCCCCAGCUUGGUAACCAGCCCGUCUGCGCAUGGCUCCCACGGAGCAUUGAGAAGAUCGGACCGCCUCUCCUUCAUCUUCUGGCAAGGAGGGAGGCAAAGGGGCAGGCCGGGGCCAUCCUGAGGAACAUGGGGUGUGGGGAGGGCUUCUGGUCACCCUCCCCUGGGCACAUUCCAUUUGUUGAGCCCAGUCCCCAUCCAAGUCUCUGGUCAGAAAGAGGCCUCGUUUUGGGUUAUGUUUUGUUUUUGUAUAGGAGCCCCAGGCAGGGCUAGCAACACUUUUUAAAUAAAAGACAACAGGUCAUGUUCCA